CGUUAGAAAUCCUUUUCUCCCUUUUUCUGCCUCCCCUCCCUUUCCUUAACCCUGAAAGCCGCCGCUUUGGAUCGCCGAUUUCCAUGGCGAUCAUUCCCCACGCAGAGGGCUACCUCCCUUCCAUAGGGUCGGAUACUCGUCCUCCGGUGCCCUCCGGUGUUUCCCCUCCGCCGCCGUCUCGGAAGCUGCAUAACUUUAUUUUCCCCACUCGUAGCUGGGGCAACCAGCGCCAUCUGCGCUGCACCAACGUCCCCUUCGCCGGUCGCGAAGACACCGGAGCAACCUUGACCCUCUCAUUCGAUCGGAUAGGCCGAACGACGGGUAGGUGCCCACCACCAUCCCAUCUGGAGAAGACCUCGCCCGCGUCGACGAAGGGGAAAGCAAAUGAGGGAGCGGAGAGAACCUUGUCCUCCUCGGUUCCCGAUGCGGAAAGGCCUUGGAAUCUUAGGAAGCGGAGGGCCGCGUGUAACGCUCCGGCAGAGGAUGGUUGCCCUACCACGGCGCCCGGGUCUUCUGCCCCUUUGCUGGCCGAUAAGAGCUUCCCUCCGGGGGAUGCCGCGAGGGGGAGAUCAGAUGCAGCGGAGAUGGAGAAAUUUUCGAUCGUACUGUCCCGUGAGGAGAUCGAACAGGACUUCUUGGUGUUUAAGGGGACGAAGCCCCCUCGGAGGCCAAAGAAGAGGUCUAAGAUCGUGCAGCGGCAGCUUGAUUAUGGUUUCCCAGGUUUAUGGUUGUCUGAGAUAACUCCUGAAACCUACAAAGUCGAUGAUUAAGAUCGAUGAUGAAGGUUCUAUUCCAUGAGAAACUCGGAAGCUUUUACUUACCGAUUGUUCCUCUAUUUCUACAAGUUAUAAUUCGAGCUCGAGUCCAAACGCGUUUUUCACACGGUGUGGAGUUCAAUUUCGAUUGUUUCUAGUCUCAGUUUAGACUUUAGAAAAGUAUGUGUUCUGAUUAAAAGUAUGAACUUUGUUGGAUGAACUAGUUAUAUGCACUUUUAUCAGAAAUCUCUGUUUUUUUUUUGUUAUAAUCAAUGUGAAUUGUGUCAUUGUGUUUGAAGUGAAAGAUGUUAUGAAGAUGGUGAUUUGUUUGAUGACUUAUUUGGUGAUCUUGAGAGUCCCGUUCCUCCUCCUAGUGUAGCCGAGUUGUUUUAUUCAGAGUC